AUGCGUUCUCUAAGAGUUCUUAGACACUCGAACGGCCGUAAGGUCUCGAUUGGAGAUGGGGACGUCGAAAGCGAGCUUAGCGAUCCAGCAAGCACCGUGCACUCCCCUUCAGGGGCCGACUUUAAUGAAUUCGAGGACGAGAUUAUCGUGGGGGCUCGCACUAACGGUACCCAAAAGUCAUCGCCUCCGCGGCCUGCAUCUGAUGCCGAAGAUGAGACCAUGACCAAUGGCGACGAAGAGCCUGUUAUUUCCCAUUACCCCAAGCGGAAGCGGACGUCUAUCUUCAACGACCUGAGUGAAAGUAAAAUCAUUGCGGAUGAUCGUCAAACCUCUACAGUCAGCACAAGAGCUAAACCUUCUCGCUCAAGCACAGGAAACAUCAAAGGAGUACCAGUCGGCUACUGGCGGGAUUCAGAUGCUCCUACAGAAGAUCUCAAACAUGGUGUCGUUGGCUUUAUAGAUGUCCGAGAGCGUCUACGUACACGGAUACAGACCGUAACAAGAACUGGAGACGCUGUAACCGAAUAUUCACUCCCUCCCGGACCUGGUGGAAGUUGGGUGACAUUUGAGAGGGUUGUCUUCCUCGACCACCUCGUGGGUCUAGAUCAGCUUCAAAUCAAGGAGUAUGUCAGGCUACGCACCAAGAAUAUACCCACCGAAAAGAACCAGUCCGAACACAGUGCUGGCGAGUUGGAAGAUGUCAAGGAAGCUAUUCGUCGUGCCAAGCUGAUUCCGACUACCGAGAACAACUCCAACUCAACCCAGAUUGCUUAUGGCGUCGAGCUUCCCGAGCAUUUGCAGAGCAAUCGCGAUGCAAAGAGGCGCAGGACCAGCGGAGGCUUUGCACCUAUCAAUGCUGCGUCAUCAAAUGGUCCCGUGGUUGAGCAUACUCCUAUUCAACCAGCACCCGGCGGACCGCAACCUGUACGAAACGUUGUUGACCCGCUACCUGGUACUAGACCGACCCGAAUUCUUCUUGGUACAUGGGCCAAGUCUGCAGAGCCCAACCCUAAGGAUCGUCAUGCGGUGUACGGUAUUUUGGGGCAAAAUGAUAUGUUUAGAGUUAAGCUAGUACGAGAAACGCGCGACGGACGGUUUGUCGAUGGCAAUUUUCCUGCUGGAGCAGGCGCUCUUUGGAUUCCUUACGAGGAUGUUGAUUUCGAAAAACACUUGACACCUCUUGCUCGACAUGAAAUCAAAGAGUACUGUCGUGUACGUCAAUGGCAGCUUGAUCGCGGAGAGACAUUCGAGGAAAGACCACAAAACGAGAUCAAAGCUGUAUUCGACGCACAAGCCAGGGCUGCAGGCACCAACUACAAGACUCCUGCCCCCUUGUCAAUCGCUCCCGCUCUGCCUCGUCUUCCUGGAGAGUUUGGAGAAGAACAGGACCAGUCACCAAAAUUAAGCUUGACAGGCAACGAGAUUCGCCAGGAGCUUCGCCAAAGUCGCCGCAUGGAAGCAGCCAGAGCUGAAGGACGUUUAACACGCCAAGCACCCAUCGACAUGGAAGCCACCAAGUCGACCACAGCGACUCGUCCCAUCACAGGCAGAACACAGCAAAGCACCAAUGCGCUCGAGCGGACCUCAGCUCUGGCCGAGCGUGAGAUCACCCGUGUGGAACAGGCUCAAGAGCGUGCUCACCUGCAGGCUGCCAACCGCGAGCGAGCAGCAGCAGCCGCCGCCCAAGCAACCGCGGCUGCGGCCGCUAAGAUCCCUGGCGUGGCCACCAACGGCCGACAGCAGUUCCAUGAAAGCCAUGAGAUGCAGCGCCUCAACAAGGUUUGGGCCAGCCAGGAAAGUUUGCGAUUCUCGAGAGCAAGUACCGACGACGCCAAGAUGUAUGGGGGAGUCAAGUACGAGCGCAAGGCCAAUGGCCCCUUCACAGGGAAACUGGUCUCGCAGGGAACCAUUAUUAACAUUGACGGCGAGGAUUACGUCGAAUAUCGCGUGCUUACAAAGCCGUCAUUCUUCUAA